AUGUUUGAUCAAUUUGUAGAUGUUUCAAACAGGCAAAUUAAGAAUAAAUUUAAUGCCAAUGAGGAUAAAACCAUCUUGUACUUUGUGAAUUGCCUUCAUAUAAGCAAUUGGAAAAUAAUUGCGGCAAAUUUACAAGGAAGAUCACCAAGACAAGUUAUAGAAAGAUAUAGACAUUAUUUGAAAACAGGUAUCAGCAUGAAACCAUGGUCAACAGAAGAGGACGAAAUACUUGAGAAAAAAGUUCAGGAAUUUGGUCCACAUUGGUGCAAAAUUGCAGAAUUUUUGCCAGGAAGAACUAAUGUUAAUAUUAAAAAUCGAUGGACUGUUAUAUCAAAGAAGAAGAAUAAAAGACAAAAUUGCAAAUCUGCAAAAAUCAGCUUACCGCAGCCAGUUCCUGAAAAUUCUGUAACGAGUCCAGAUGAUUUCAAAGAUUUUGAAAGCUAUACUGUUGAAAUGGCUUUCUGA